CUGCUCUGCGUUCACUUCCACAUAAACAAGAGCAGUGUCGUGGACCGAGAAACAUGGAGCAUCGCUUUGACAGGGCGGCGGUACUGUCACCGCUGGAGGAGUCCAGCGCGGAGGUGAGCAGAGACAGCGGUAUCGUGUCCCAGAGCGCCAGCAGCCUUUCUAUGGUGAGCGAGGCCCUGAGCAGCGGCUCUGUGUCUCAGAGCCCGAGCUUCGGCGCUGCAGUGGCCCAGAGCCCGAGCUCAGCAGCCGGAGAAACCCCGGACCAAAGCGAGCCGGAGCAGACACAUGACCACGAGCUGCUCACACACACAGCCGUCACUUACUCCUCUUAUAUCAGAGCCACCGCAGGAGAAGAGGUCCUGUGCUUGGAGAAAAGCCUGGAGGAAAUGCUUACAAGAGUCGAUGAGUUUGUUGGUAUGCUUGAUAUGAUUCGAAAUGACACCUCACAGGUGGUCAAUGAGAACCUACCACAGAUACAAAGAAAAUCUAAAGAGAUGAGAGAGAUUUAUCAAAAAAUUGACAAAUUGGAGGCCUUUGUCAAAAUGGUCGGAGUCAAUGUCAGUGAAAUGGAAGAACAAGUAACUCAAGUCGAAGGUGAAGUUGGGACAAUACCAGGCGCCUUCAAAAAGAUCUUCCGCACAAUGGCCGUACCAGGUUUUUUAAAUAAACCUGCUAGCCCAAGAAGACAAUCACAAAGGCAUCAAGAGCUUCCCAGUGUAUUUAGGACAGAAGAUUACUUUAAACCUCAGUCUGAGCAGUGAAAGAGAGACUAUCAUAUUGAGUUCAUGAAGUACCAACCAAGCCCAGGGUUCUCCAACAUCAGCAGUGCUGCCUGCUUUCACAUGCAAACACAAACAUUUUACAGUCACUUUAUCUGCAGCUUAUUGAAGGAAUCCUGAUCAAAGCCAACUGUUGUUUUAGUAGGCAGUCUAAUGGCAGCUAGUUUUAUAACCAACAGAAGCUUUGGUUUGAACUUUUUUUGUUUUUCCUGAAGUGCCUCUCCAGGAAGCCUGACAAUGUUUCUUAUAAAUGGGAAAGCAUGCUCAAAAAAUGUCGGAACAUCAGUUGAAACGUUUAUAUGAUUUUUACUCCAACUUGUACAUAGUUUUACAGCUUUAUAAUUGUUUUGCCCUCAGUCUUUUCUUCCAGUGCUUGAGAUCUUGUUGCACUACUUUCACUGUUGCUAUUUAUCACUGAUAUUAAGGUCUCAGAUUUGGGGUCUGGCAAAUGUUGACAAUGAAUAUGUAACGAAUUAAUGUAACCGGUGUAAUCGACUCUGGGUUAUUAUGUAGCAUUCAGUGCCGCACUCAGCCAAACAAUCGCCACAACAAAUAUUGUCAUGGACCAUUUACUUUUCUACUUAAAUCUCCAUGGACAGUUGUGAUAUGCGAAUUGUUAGAUAAUUGUGAUAAGGAUUGUCUAUUUGUAAUAAAUUUCCAAAUGUAGCCUAUUAUAAAGUAACUACAUUGCAUUA